AUGGCGUCCCUUUUCAGAGCGCCCCUGCGCGCGCUCGCGACCCGUGCGCUGCACACCGAGGUGGCGCAAAUGCCAGCUACGACACCGCACGCGCUCUCCCUCAUCCGCUCACAACCCGCACAAUACGUCGUCGCCUCUGUUGCAGGCCGAAAAUACCUGCUCGCACCCCGCGACCUCCUCACUGUGCCCCGCCUCAAAGAUGUGCAAGUCGGUGACAUCCUAGCACUCUCGCAAAUCCACGAGGUCGGCUCGCGCGAGUUCACCAUGCGCGGCAGUCCCACCAUACCGCAGGAAAAGGUCAAGGUCGAGGCGACGGUCGUGGAGCACACGAAGGGGAAGAUGGAGGUCAUCUUCAAGAAGAAGCGCAGAAAGGGCUAUCAAAAGACCAUUAAGCACAAGCAGACAUACACGCGUCUCAGGAUCGGGCCCAUUGAUAUUGUAGACCAGUAG